GAGCUGCUGAUUGUCCUGUCUUGUUCAACAUUUCAUCAUCAGAACCAUUCUCUGGAAAAGAACAUCAUGGGGCGAAAGAAAAUACAAAUCUCACGGAUUCUUGACCAACGUAACCGUCAGGUGACAUUCACCAAGCGAAAGUUUGGCCUGAUGAAAAAGGCCUAUGAGCUGAGUGUGCUGUGUGACUGUGAAAUUGCUCUCAUCAUCUUCAACAGCACCAAUCGUCUCUUCCAAUAUGCCAGCACUGACAUGGACAAAGUGCUCCUCAAAUACACUGAGUACAGCGAGCCUCAUGAGAGCCGCACCAACACUGACAUACUGGAGACCUUACGUAGGAAAGGGUUGGGCCUGGAGGGAGCUGAACUUGACCAAGAGGACAGCAUGCAGACCGGCCAGGAGAAAUACCUGCUGAAUGAGGGCAUGGAUCUCUCCAUCUCCAGGCAACGUUUCUAUGCUCCCUCUAUCCUUCCUUCAGAAGCUCAGAUGCUAAUGGGCAUUGGCUGUGAGAAUGGUUAUCCAUCAAACACAAAUCUGGGCGCAAACCGACCUUCAUCCUUCAAACCUCUGAGCUCUAGGCCUGGAUCUGCUGGUCCUGCCGGAACUAACACACACUCCGCACUCAUGGGCACACAUGCAGGCUUUGGCUACUCGAUGUUUUCCCAUGGCAACCUGAGCCGAGCACUGGAUAUGAAGACCCCACCUCCGCUGAGUUUGAGUAACGAUGGGCGGCGUGGGGAAGUCCACCCGGGAGUGGGUGUAACCCGUGGCAACCUGACCAAUGCGAGAGCGCUGUAUCAGAGCAUGCACUCUGGAGGCCACAUGGUGGCCAUGGGGAAGCCCUGGAAUUAUGGGACUUCAGAGUUUUGCCACCCGGGAUACGCAAUGGGAUUUCAGCGCGGCUCUGCAAACACCUGGCAGACUCUUACACAGCAGGAGCCUCAGCCAUCUGCGAUCCACACCGGGAUGUCUACAGGUGGAGGCUGUUCUUACUCUUCCCAAGGCUCCUCCCCCUCAUCCCCACCUCUUUCCUCCCUCAACCUGAACAUCAAAUCAGAGCGCACCUCUCCUGAACACACAAUCUCCCCGACCUCACCUUCUUCCCAUCAUUCACCAGUAGGUGGUCCUGACAGGAUGAGCCGGCCGCCUCCAGGGCCGUACAUGGCUGUGGACAGGCGGGAGAGUGAGUCAGAUUUGAAGCACAUGGAGGUUGGUGAUGGCUGGCAGAGAUAACGGCAAACGCAUUGCUGUGUACACAGCAGGCCUUUUAUUAGUUGGAAUGUCAAACUGUGCAAAACUAGCUUUGAUAAGAAAAUACAUGUCAUAACAAUCCCAUUUCCAAAAGAAAAAAAGUUGGGACGCUGUAUAAACUGUAAAUAAAACCAUAAUUUGCAAAAAAU